AUGGACUUCAGUGAAAGGCUGCCAGCAGAGACGCUUCUCGGCAUAUUCCGCAUUGUUCGGGAUGUUUUCCCCGUUCCAUCUGCAAAAGAUAUCAGCUCGAGCUUUGGCCGGAAGGUCACCCAAGCGGAGAGAACAUUGCGCUUGCUUGGUUGGAUUCCUCUUACGCACGUCUGCGCGCGCUGGCGGAAUUCGGCUCUUUGCGAUGCCAGUCUUUGGACUGACGUCCCUGUCGUACUCGGCGAGGCGUGGAUGCGGGAGUUCUUGAACCGCAGCGGAGAGAUGCGCAUUAAUAUUGAUUGGAGGGCAUGGCAGACUCAGGUGUUUUCCGGUAUGGUGCCGUGGGAUCUAAUGCAAACGUCCGUCGUUCCUCAGCACUACAAAAGACUCCGCAACUUCGAAGCACAACUCGAGGCCGACGACCCGUUGUUCUCCCUCCUGUCGUGCACAUGGCCGGCUUUGGAGCAUCUUUCGCUCGAGCUCACGGGCGACUUUCCUCGGUAUGUGCUGCUUGGCGGCGAUGCGCCUUGCCUGCGAUAUCUGUCCUUCUAUCUUGAAUCAGAUACUGCGGGCUGUGACACCUUUCCUUGGCGCGCACCUUUCCUCCGCACGCUGGUGGUCCUUGACAUAUACUUCCAUGAGGGGAUAGCCGCUGCGUCUAUGGACGAGUUCUUAAAUGCACUCAAUGCGAUGCCUCAUCUAAAGCACUUGCGGUUGGGCAAUGGGAUCCCGUCAAAGCAGGCUUCGAGGCGUCCGUGUCCGUCCUGCUCUCCGGCGGCGCAGGUGGCAAGCACCAAGCUACGCACGUUUGCUCUUCGGGGGUGCUGGUCUAUGAUACACCACGUCAUGGAACACAUCCACCCAAUGCCUUCCGGGAGACUUUCCAUUGCUGUGCAGGACGAAGACGACGUCACGCAAGCAGAUCUUCGUUCUGUCUAUGCCCGACUGGCUGCAUACAGCCAACGGGAUUCCGUGCCUUCUUCCGGGUUCGGAGCGGUCGAAGUAAGACAAAGUCCGAGCGACAUCGCGACGAUCCGUGCGUUCAGGUCGUCCAGUACGUUGACGUCCACGUCCUGGAGGCCUUAUCCGGGAAAUUGGCAUGAGGGUAUCGCGGGCACACAUCCCGAUCUUGAUAUCCGGCUACCGUGGAGCGAUUCUCUAGCGUCGGCUCUGUUCAGCUCUCUGAAGGAUCUGACUCCAGCUGGACUGCGCGUGCUGUCUCUCAACAUCCCCACCGCCGACGAUCUGGACCGCGUUGUGCACCGAAACAUCGACACCGCCGUGCUCCGGGAUGUCAGCGUUCUGCAGCUGAACGGCAUGUGCGGAGAACGCGUCAGCCGGCUUCUCGCUGUGGACUCGGACGGCGAUGCAGAGCUUCAGACCUUCUUCCCUGCGCUGAGAUUGGUGGACGUCAAGAGCAGCGAAUGGCAGGAGGUGCUUGGGCGAUCGAACUUCGUCGAUGGACGGCCUCUGGCAGACACGCUUGAUGCGCGUCUCGAAGCGGGGUUUGCCAUACCGGCCGUCUAUGUUCGCAUAAAGGAGCCAGUCCAGUGGCUUCGUGAUGACCCGUCUUCCUACAUGUAUGGGAGCGCCGAGAAGGUUCUACGGCAGGCGGAGAGGUUGGAAACGACACCCGGGGUUCGUUUGAUAGGUGAAGAGGAGAUAAUGUACGACCUGACGCUUUAA